CUGUCAUCAAUUGGGUUACGAAGUCACUAAAUCGUAACAGCGAAAAUGAUUGCCAAGGUUGCUGUUUUCUGCGUUGUAUUCGCAGCUGCCAAUGCGGCCGCUCUUCUUUCUGCUCCAAUCCUUAGUACGGGAAUCAGUACUUCCUCUAGACAGCAAGAUACCCUUGGGAAUUACGCCUUCGGCUAUGACAUUGCCAACGGUGCAGGAGCCACCAACUCCAGAUCUGAAGUAGGAGACGCCCUUGGAAAUAAGAAAGGAGCCUACACCAUAACUGACAUCGACGGCCGAGCUCGCAGAGUGGAUUACGUCGCAGACGCCUUAGGUUUCAGAGCUUCUGUCAAGACCAACGAACCCGGCACCGCUCUUAGUGCCCCUGCUGCCGCCAUGAUAGCAAGUCCCUAUGCUCCACCCGUUGCUCCCGUCGGUCCUGCAGUAGCUGCUGCUCCGGUUUUAGCUGCACCAGUCCUAGCAGCUGCAGCUCCUGUUGCUGCUUACAGCAGUGUCAUCGGACAUAAUGCUGCCAUUGGCAUUCCUGCUGGACUUGGACUAUGGGGGACCGGAAUCAGCAAAUCUGUUCUUCUAUAAAUUUAGAAUCUCUUAGCUACCGAUAUUAUGUAUAAGGAAUUCAAAUAGAAAAUUAAAUAAUUGCAAAAAUCUUUUAAAUAAAUAUGAUAGUUUUUA